ACGCCUCAGACGAGGAAUUUGUUAAACUUCAAAAUAUGCUUGAAAUAAAUGAAGGUGAAAAUGCAGCAGCUGAUGGCUGCAGUCCAAAUCCAUGUCAAAAUAAUCAGAGAUGUGAAGCAAAAUCAGGAGGUAAAUUUAAAUGCAGUUGCAAAUUGCCAUUCAAAGGAGAUUUUUGCGAAAAAUCUCCUUGUAAUCCAAAUCCAUGCAAAAAUGACGGAAAUUGCAGCAUUUCUUUUCUUAGCGCAAAAUGUAGUUGCAUGCCGGGAUAUAAAGGAGACAAAUGCACUGGAGCUGAAUGUAAUAGCACUGUCUGUAAAAAUGGUGGUACCUGUAAAGUGGUAAACAACAAGAUCAGCUGCGGUUGUGUUUCUUCCUACAGUGGUCCUUACUGUGAAACUAAAAAAGGUAAAUCGCAUCUCGUAAAAUUUUUUUUAAAUGCAAGUAAGCAACAGUCAAAUAUAAUUAAAUAGCCUAAAAAGUAAGUAUGACUUAAGUAAUUCUUAUGAAUUUCAUCCUUUUUUAACUGGAAGAAAUGUUUUACUGUUAAAUAACAGAAUGGAAUUAAGGUAUUAAACAAUGACGAUGUGAAUGACAUAUGAUGUUUUCUUUCAUUCAAUGAGUUUUCAGAUAAUAAAUAAAUUCUUUCGCAAUUUAUCUGGUAAAUAUUGCACACCUAAAUCGAAAUAGUUUUAUGUCAAAAAUUAUUAUCUGCAUUUUGUUUUGUCGUGUCUCAUAGGCGACACAAUUAAACUCGGUUGAAUUGCUUUCAUACAGCGCACCAUUAAAACAAUAGACUACGUCUUUUCAUCAUAUGAAGUCUUACUUUUACUCUUAGGAUGAUGCUCAAAAAUAUGUUCUUGUACAUAGAAGAGUAAAAUAUAUAAAUUAUAUGUAAAAUACAUACUUUAUUAACUUAGAUGAGUAAUGAUUUCGAAGCAAGCAGUUAGUCAAUGCAAAAGAAAUGCUAUCAGUAUAAACGAUCUCUUACUUCAAAUAUACUAUGUAGAGAUCACUAUAGCUUUGAAGCUUAAAGAUAUGUAACGAUUUCCAUACAAGCAGUCAGUCAAUGCAAACGAAAUGUAAACAGGAUAAAUGAUUUAUUACUUCAAAUAUUCUAUAUAGAGAUCAGUAUAGCUUUGAAGGUUAGAGAUGGGUAACGAUUUCCAUGCAAGCAUCAGUUAGUCAAAGCAAAAGAAAUGUUAUCAGGAUGAGAAAAUAAUCUCAAAAUCCACGCACUUGAGAUUGCGAAUCAUACUCCCAAUUUUUUUGUAAAAUGUACAUGAAUUAAACCAAAUAUUGUACAGUGCGCCAAAAAAAAGAAAGAAAAACGGAUUACUCUGAUUAACUUUUUGUCUGAUAAGAGGUUCUUCACGUUCUAGGAUUCAACUUUAAUGAUUCUAGGGUGUGACUUCGUAUAUGCUAAUUAAUUAGUGCAGACUAUAUUUAAGUUACGAAAUAAGACUCAAAAUGUGUACUUUCUCUGAAUAGACAUGCACUUUUUUAUGAAUUCGGAUUUCAUA